AUGAAUAUUAACCCCCCAAAUCCAGCCGUGAUCCUCACCUGCUGGCACCUCGUCUUCGCAACCGUAGCAACCCAAAUCCUAGCCCGCACCACCCACCUCCUCGACGGCCGCAAGAACAUCAAAAUGACCGGCCGCAUCUACCUCCGCGCCAUCGUCCCCAUCGGCCUCCUCUACUCGGCCAGCCUGGUCUGCUCCAACAUGGUCUACCUCUACCUCUCAGUCGCCUUCAUCCAGAUGCUCAAAGCCGCCGCCCCCGUCGCGGUCCUGCUCACGGCCUGGGCCUGGGGGGUCGAGGAGCCCUCGCUCAAGCGCUUCCUCAACAUCCUCUUCAUCGUCGCCGGCGUCGGUCUCGCUUCCCUAGGCGAGAUCAACUUUUCCAUGGCUGGUUUCCUGUUCCAGGUUGGGGGGAUCGUGUUUGAGGCUAUGAGGUUGAUCAUGAUUCAGGUUUUGCUGAGCGGGGAGGACAUGAAGAUGGACCCGCUGGUGAGCUUGUAUUACUACGCUCCCGUCUGCGCGGUGAUGAAUGUGAUUGUGGCUAUUGGGAGCGAGGCGAACAGGUUUGACUUUGGGGAUGUGGGGAGGGCGGGGGCGGGGUUGUUGGUGCUGAAUGCGAUGGUGGCGUUUAUGUUGAAUGUUUCGAGUGUUUUCCUCAUCGGAAAGACCUCGGGGCUGGUAAUGACCCUGACGGGCAUCCUCAAAAACAUUUUGCUGGUCAUCAUCUCGGUCAUGAUCUGGAAGACAAACAUCACGGCGAUCCAGUUUGUGGGUUACGCCAUCGCCACGGCAGGGUUGGCGUAUUACUCCCUCGGGUGGGAGCAGACGGUUGCCAUCUCGGUCGGUGUCUGGGUGUACGCCAAGAGCUUGUGGGAGAGGGUGGCGGGGAGUUACUCGCCGCUCAGCCAGGGGGAGGGAGGAGGAAGUCAAGAAGGAGCGGGGAGGUUACCUGCUGCUGUGAAGAGGGCGUUGAUCAUGGGGUUGGUUGUUGUGACGGUGGUGGUGCUGGUGGCUGGGUUCCUUUAUGGGAGCGGGGGGCCGGCUACGGGGCCGGUGUCGAAGGAGGUGGAGGAGAUUGGGCAGGGGGCAUAA